AUGAUCGGUGUGGUGGACUCUUGGGAGGAGCUUUGCCCCAAGAAGAAGGGCAAGCGCCCCAAGAAGGAGAAGAAGGAGAAGCCGGUGAUCCACCAAGCAUCUGCGCAGCGGCAGCGCAAGAAGCCACUGCAGGCCUCCGAGGCCGAGGCGGAGGCUCCCCUCCACGAGGAUCGCGAGGCUCCCCUCAUUCCGCAGGCCGAGCCUGAAGUCGAACCCGACGCCGGCGCUAGCGAAGCCCGGCUCCCGGCUAGGGAUUGGGAGCCUCCGCCCUCGGUGGUGGAGCUCCUGGAUCACUUCGACGUCCUCCAGGAUGGUGCUGGGCAUGUCAUCUGGGAAGUUAUUGAAGAGCCAUGCAUUGAAGCGGCUCAGCUUCCAAAGGCAACUGACUGGACGGUGCAAGAAAGUUGGGAGGACAUGUGUGACUCCGACGCUGGUAGCACUGCAGACGAGCCUGGCGGACGUUUAGAGUCUUUGCCAUCAACGACACAGUCAUCGCCCGCAUAUGGGCACAUCCCAGAACCGAAGGCUUGCAUCGCACCUCCAUGGCUCCUGAGCACGAGCUCCCGCCGACGCCAGCAGCUGCAUAAAUAG